UUUAUUUUUAGUUCAUUGAACAUCAUUUAUUUUAUGGUAUUCAGCAAUAUGAUACAUAUAUUAUGUGGAUAAUUAAAUACAUACAAAUACAAAUUUAAUAUAAUAUCGAAAGUUCUAGGUUUAUUCCUUAGAAUCAGCUGUUUAGAAGAUUAUACACCAAGUCCAGAGCAUGCAGUUGAACUCAUAAACUUUUUAGAUUUACUGAAUAAUAGAGAUAAUGGCAACCAGUAUGAUAAUCGGAAGAAAUCGAGAUAUCUGGAAGAAUCGUCACAAAACAACAACAAGAUGCAGGAUCUAAUGCAAGUAUUGCAAAAGAACUAUUACGAUGAUCAAGAUGAUAACAAUGCCUAUAGGCUUCAUUACAUCAGUAAUCCUGAAGUUAUUGAAGAGUAUAAAGCUAAUUUGGAUAAGAAGAGAUGGUCACCAGAACUAGAUAUCGACGAAGAAGAAGAAAAGACUCUGAAAGAAAUACUACAAGUAUUGAGGAGAAACGCUGUCUUUCGUUUGAAUAAACGCGAAGAUUCCGUUGGUAACGCUGUUGCACUUCGAAUUGGCAAUAAAAUUGGUCAAUCUCUUGAAAAUAUAGAAGAUAAGCCGAAAUAUAAAGAAUACAGUGAUAAGGAGACACAUUUUCUAAAGAAAGACACAGGUUUUAAUGCAGCGCGUGACACGAUAACGAAAAAAUACAAUUGGGCGGAGAGUCUAGAGUUUGUAAAGAAAGAUAGAAAGAAGAUGAGGCAAAAACGAAUUGAAAUGGUUGAUAGGAAUAAACCCAAAAUGAAAUAUAAACCUAGGAAAAUUAUACAAGAAUCGCUACCGUAUAAAAAUAUUAAGAAAGAUAGUAUGUCGUACGGACGAACGUCGCUGUCGAAGCAAGGAAACAAAUUGACUGUGGCACUCUUGCAAAAUCUCAUGUAUUACUCUAAGAAAUUGAAAGAACGCGUCGACGAGAUGGUGUCCGACAAUACUACCAUUGGCGGGCUCCGAACACGCCCCACCACUGGAGAUUACUACACUAAAUACAUCGGCAUCCAUCGCAAGCCAAUAGUCCGGCAACACACCCACAACAUGUCUGGAAUCGAACGGCUCGAGCAGUACACCAAACUGAACCCCGCGCUGCCGCUACACGUGCGGAACCGGAUGGUGGACCUCGGAUUUGAAUAUGGCGGGUGGGUUGACUUGACAUGA